AUGGAGGAAGUAAGAGUGUUUCCCCUUACCUGCGCUGUGCAAAACUAUGCAUGGGGGAAGGUUGGUCAGGACAGCGAGGUGGCCAAGCUGGUCAUAGGUGGAGACCCGCUUGCUGUCGUGGAGGCUGGCAGGCCUUAUGCAGAGCUGUGGAUGGGUGCCCACCCUAAAGGUGAUGCCCAGAUUAAAGACAACAGGAUCGCACAGACCACGCUGGGCCAGUGGAUCGCCCACUUCCCCGCCUGCCUGGGCUCCAAGGUCAAAGACACCUUCCACGGUCAGCUGCCCUUCCUUUUCAAAGUCCUCUCUGUCAAUACAGCUCUGUCCAUACAGGCCCACCCCAACAGAGAGUUAGCUGCUCGUCUCCAUGCUCAGUUUCCGGAGCACUAUCCAGACAACAACCACAAGCCAGAGAUGGCCAUAGCGCUUACCUGCUUCCAGGGCCUCUGCGGCUUCAGACCAGUGGAGGAGAUACUAGGCUUUCUUAAAUGUGUCCCGGAGUUUCGUGCUCUGGUAGGCAAUGAGGCGGCGGACGAGCUGCAAGGCUGCAUGGGAAAUGCAGUUCAAACGAGCCAAGUGCUGAAGAAGUGCUUCACAAGGAUGAUGAACUGUGAGAAGAAGGUGUUCGUAGAUCAGCUCAACAUGCUGGUCAAGAGAGUCACUGAGGAGGGGGCAGCUGGAAAGGACACAUCCAGCAGUAAUGGUGACCUGUUGCUCCGCCUCCACUCCCAGUACCCCGGAGACAUUGGCUGCUUCUCCAUCUACUUUCUCAACUACAUGGUAUUGGACCCGGGACAGGCCAUGUUCCUGGGAGCCAAUGAGCCUCACGCAUAUAUUUAUGGAGACUGUAUUGAGUGCAUGGCCUGCUCAGACAACACAGUGAGAGCCGGUCUCACACCAAAAUACAUCGACGUGAACACACUGUGUGAGAUGCUGAGCUACACCCCGGCCUCCGCCAGCUCCAAAAUCUUCCCGUGUGAACAAGAUGCCUCAGACCCCUUUGUGUCCCUGUACGACCCCCCAGUGCCAGACUUCACUGUCAUGAGGAUACAGGUCCCGGCCUCAGUGAAGCAGUACACCGUUGCGCCGGUCGACAGUGCCAGCAUCAUUCUGGUCAUUGAAGGGGACGCCACGGCAACCUCGGCCGCCGCCCUCUCUGACGUCACACUGAGACGCGGCACCGUCCUGUUUGUUUCAGCUAACGAGAGCGUCGCUCUGCACAUCACCUCCCAGUCAGGGAUGAACAUGUUCAGGGCCUGCUGCCUCCUGUAGCUGUGAGUGAGAAACCUUCAGACCACCUGUGUUUGUUUCCCUCUGGUAUGACUCAGCGACAUCGACUUUGUGUUUUGGAGUGAGCCCAAUGGUCGCAUCACUCUGUGAGAAGGUAGUACACUCAAGGUUUAAGACAGUGUUGAUGCCCAUUUGUGCCCACUGCUCCCCCCCCCCAACCAAAACAACAGUGUCCCUUAGGUUUUAACAACAAGCAGUUUUUCAUUUCCACUGGAUUUAAACUGGUUUUAACUUUUUUACCUGUAGUAGUGCACUAACAUCUUGUAAACACAUGGAGGAUGAGUACAUCCUUCAUAAUCUAAGGAUUAAGAAUGAAAAUGUUACAUUAAAUAGUUCCUUGGUGAGAAAACUUUCUCUAUAUAACAUCUGUUAAGUAGCUGUUGAGCAGCUCAGAGGAGAUACAAAAAAUAUACAAGAUAAGCAAGCAAACCACGAGAUACAAUCAGAAGCUCUAGAUGACCUAAUCUACAAACAUAUUCUUGGGGUUUUCCCAAAAUCAUUCAAAAAUAACUGAGAAGCCUGAGAAUCACUCCACCUAAAAAAAAAAAAAAAAAGUCUAGUUUGUACUCAAUUGAUAAAUAUUUCUAUUUGAAGGGUUUCUCUUCAGUGUUGUAGACAUUUUUCAUUUUAUUCCUAAUACACUUACAGCUGAAUAUUCCUACCUUCUGGUCUGACACAAUGAUAAUUACUUGCACCAACCUUGAUAAGUCAGACUGGACUGCAGCAGGGUGGGGGAAAUGUUUACACUGGAGCAGUUCACCACCAAACACUGCUUUGUGCAACUACAGCACCACUGAGCAUGUCUGAUAUAUUAGCCAGCAGUUGUCUCUCUGCAGGGUGCAAUGACCUGUUUAAUCAUUUGAGUUAAGCUUGAACUAUUAAAAACCCACCUCUGGGAAACAUCCAUUCUUCGUUGAGAGCAUAUAGUGUAAUGCUGAGAUGCCUGUGCAUGUUUGACUCAGAGCAGUAAUACUGGAGGGGGGGGUCAUCUAUCUCAACGCCCCCCUCCCCCGGAGAGUGUUACUGCAUGUAACUGUUACGAGUGCAUGUUAACAGUCUGGAAAUUUCUCCUCAAAGUAGUGAACAGUCGUAGAAAUCAUUAAAAAAAACACAAAAUAGGAGCAAGCAAAGAAAGGCCACCUACUAUCUUCAUCCCAUUCAGCACGCCACCAUUAGAACCAGGAAUGUAUCUUUAUAAAACUUUAUCUUCUAUAUGACAGAAAAUAAGAGUUGUUCCGGUACCAGCCCCAGUAUUAGAAAUGAUCCUGAUGCUGCCUAAAGUGUUGAUUCUGCAAGUACACAAGUCGCUGCAAAUUAGCCACUGGUAGAAACCUGUAUGCAUGGCAUCUACUUUGUUUUACAUAUGAAGUGAUGUUCAUUACAUAAAAUGAAAUAUUACAACUGCAGGUGGCAGCUUGUGUUUUAGAAAGGCACAGAACCUGAUUUCAGGUAACUUAUCAAACAACUGCAGUGCCUUUGCUUGCAGACAGUAACUUCAAUCAUAGCAAGCAAAAUGUCAUCCAUCAGUGUUUCCAGUCACACAUAAUUAGGGCACGACCAAUGCAGGAUUUUUUGGUCUGAUACCGAUAUUGGAGAGAUAAUAAUCUGGUACCGAUAUGUCGGCCGAUAUCUUUCUCAGAUCUGUCUUCGAUCUGUAGAGAUAGAUAGAUAGAGAUAUACACAUAUCCUUCAAAUGCAGUUUUCAAACACUUACGGAAAAGAUAUAUAAUUAAGACUAGAUGGUCUCUCAACUGGAGAGUAACUGUGCAUAUACAUGUGUCACCGCUUGAGACUCUGGAGAGUGAUAAUGUUAAUUGUAAUCCAUAUAGCGCCCUCUGCUGGUAAAAGAGAACUGCUAGUGUAAUACAAUGAAACUCAAGUGAAAUGAUUUUUGACUGGUGAAUAAAUCUAGUAAUAUCGGUGCACAUCGUGAGAAAUGUAUCCGAUACCAAUAGUCACUUGAUGUGCUAAUAUUGGCAGAUAUUAUGGGCUGGCCGAUUAAUCGGUCGGGCCCUUUUUAAAAUAAUUUAAAGGCCUGUUUACGUUGGUUCAGCGUUGAGUACUUUAGUGCUCGAAGCAAGGUUUAAAACAGGUACAGCAAUAUUAUAACAUACUGUACACAGGGUUAGUAAACAGCUAUUUAUUUUUUGGUAUGGGGUACUGAGUAUCAGCCAAUACUGAAGUUAUGAUAUUGGAAUCAGAAGGUAACGGUAUUGGAACAUCUCUUUGAAACAGCGCCUCUGCUGCUCGUUGCAAACCAACCUGCAACAUUCACGUCCUGUACAGUUGUGUGAGAAAAUGCUGCAUUCAAUUUUAUAAUAUUAAAGGAAUCAACAUGUCUGUAUUUCUGACUAUUUGGAGCCAAAUGUUUCAGACUUUUGCAUGUGUUAUUGUUUGUACUGAUCCAUCUAUAGUGAGAGAGAUGAUGCCUGAAGACACCCUGUAUCAUAAGGUCUCACUUUGUACAUUAUGACAUCAUGAGGUUGGUGGUUUGUCUCCACUUUGAGAUCUUUUCUGGUCACCACUUUCCAACAUGUUGCUACGCAAGUGUAACUCUGUUAUUUCAGCUUGGUUUGAAAUGUCUGUGUAAUAUCCCAGUUUAUACCAGGGGCUGUUGAAACCUAACAAUCAUGACGUGGGUCUCACUGUUGUAACAGCUUUUAUAUGUAAUCUUGAUUCUAAUAUUUGGAAAGGAAAGCAGAGCUUGACCUGUGACAGUGACUUUGGUGAAGUGAACCAACCCUGGUGAUGCUUUGUUUCCUUUGUCAUUAAUGUAUCAGUGAUGAAGGUCGAUCAAUAUGCUUGUCCUUACUAUAGAUGCACUAAAACCUUUAUGAUGUUUGUUGUUGUAAAGACUGUUUGAAAGGAAGAUAAUUAACAGAUACAAGACGGGAGUCAGGCCUUAAAAAAGCUACAUUUUUGGAAAAUGAAAACAAUCAUCCUACAUCUUUAUUUUUUUUAAUCAUAUUUCCAGAUGUUUUAUUGAGCAACUUAAUCUCCAAGAGGUCACUUUAAUAUCUCACAUGAUAACCACACCUUUGUUACUGAUCUUGUUUUACUUCACUUUAACGCUGUUCUUCCAAGACUUUGCACUGUUUUUUUUUUGGUUUCUCUUUAACUCAUGUCCUUCGAGUGCCCACUGAUCUGAAGGCCACAAUGUUUUCACCUUGAUUGACCUUUGUGAGGAUUUUUCCUUUUGAGUACUUCCACACUGAGGACAUGGUGUCAUAUUUUUGAGUUUGGUGAUUAAGUAGCCUGAGACUGAAGAGGACAUGUGUAAGUAGAAACUGGUUUAAUAAAGCCUUGUUCUGUUA